AUUUUAUAAAUUAAAAUAAACAAAUAAUUUAAAUAUAGUGGCGGCUAUUCCUCUGUUGUCAGGAUUUCUAUUAUAUUCAAUUUUGAAAAUUGAAAGUAAUGAAUAAAUAAUUGUUAAUAUGUCGUUUUCAAGCAAAAGUUCUGGUUCUUCGGCGGGUGAUAAAAUUGUGAAGCUUCCUAGUAUUAAAGAUUUUACCAUUAUUAAGCCAAUAAGUCGUGGUGCUUUUGGGAAGGUUUUUCUGUGUCAUAAAAAUGAAAAUCCAGACAAGAUAUUUGCAGUUAAGGUGAUGAAGAAAAAGGUUAUGGUUAAUAAAAACAUGAUGAAACAAGUAUUGACAGAGAGAGAUGCACUCGCUGUAAGCAGGAGUCCUUUUGUGGUUCAACUGUUUUAUUCAAUGCAAUCACAAAACAGCAUAUAUUUGGUGAUGGACUAUAUGAUAGGUGGUGAUAUCAAAUCUCUUCUGAGUAUUUAUGGGUUUUUUGAUGAAGGAAUGGCUGUUUUUUAUGCUGCAGAAGCUGCACAUGCUCUGGAAUAUCUGCACCAACACAAUAUUGUCCAUAGUGUUUGUUUAUUUCAAGUACAAUGUCAAUGUUGGGUUCAUGAUAAGAGAUAUCAUAAUUUUAGAGAUUUGAAGCCUGAUAAUAUGCUUAUCUCUGCAUCUGGACACAUUAAACUGACUGACUUUGGUCUAUCAAAGAUUACAAUUAGUAGGCCUAUUGAGAUUUCUGAUAUUCUGGGUUCACCAUCCUGUUAUACUCAAGACUCCAAAGAAGGUCUUCCAAAUAGAACUCCCGGGCAGCUGCUGUCUUUAACCUCAACAUUUGGUUUUGCAUGUAAUUCAAGCAUUUCUAAUUCUGGCAGUCCUUUCACGGAUGAAAAUAUUACUCGCCAUGGCACAUUUGCUUCAGAUUCGAUCAAUGCUGUGCAUAAUUUAUCGAUUGAGAACAGUAGGAAUAGGAGUUGUUUCAGUUCUGUUGCCUCUCCACUUGCAUUGAAAUUUGACACUCCCGACAGAUCAAUAUCUUCUGGAAGUGGGGAAAACUUUGAUUUGUCUGAGAGCAAAAUAGAUGAAUCAUUUGAUCACCACUCUAGCCAAAGCUCAUGUUCCAGUUACACUCCGUUAGUUCCCAGAGGGAAAAGAAAAUUUCGUAAUAAUCGAUCAGUCCGAAAUUUAAGGAAAACUCGGUCACAAAGUUCAUUAACAUCUCCUGCUUUCAUAAAUUCCAAAAUUAAAAGAUUAGGAAAACAAAGCUUAGAUUCUGGAUUAGAAAAAAUUAUCAAAAGAAAACGGUCUUCUAGCGGCAGUAGUGACCACAGUUUACGUCAUCUCAAAAAAUUGAGGUCCACUGGAUUAACCACAGUUCUUUCAGAGCUAAGAUUCAAUGCAGAAUCUAAUAUGUUUGAAGAUUCAAGCAUUUCUUUGAACCCAAAUUCAUCCAUUGACUCUGAUAGAAAUGUUUCUGGAGAUAGUGUAUUUCUGAAUCAUAGUUUCUCCCCUAAAAACUGCCACCCUGAACUAAGAGAGACUCACUCACUUCCCCAAAGUAUUUUGCAAACACCUUUUGCUGGAUUGGAUCUACCAAAAAAAUCUGUUAACUUCUGCUUUAAUAGUCAGAGUAGUAAAGCUAGUCCAGCCGAUGUGUUACGGUUGAGUUUAAACACGAGCUGUGGGUCUGAGAGAAUGCAAUUAAAAUCUGCUUCAAUGUUCUCCACUCCAACAGAGAAGAGGCGUCCUUCCAACCGGAUAUUUACCCCUCUGCAAAGUGUUCGAACCCCAUUUCGAACACCUAAGAGUGUAAGAAGGGGGCCUGAGCCUGCAUCAAAUGAAAGGAUCUUAGGCACUCCUGAUUACUUAGCACCAGAGUUAUUACUUCAUAAAGAACAUAGUUUCCCUGUUGAUUGGUGGGCUUUAGGAGUUUGUUUGUUUGAAUUCUUAACUGGUAUUCCACCUUUUAAUGAUGUCUCUGCUGAAGCUGUCUUUAACAAUAUAUUAAGAAGAGAUAUUCCUUGGCCAGAAGGAGAUGAAGCUCUCUCAGAAACUGCUAAAAAUGUCAUUGAUCUGUUACUUACACCAGAUCCAAGCUCUCGUCCUGGAGUUAAAGAGUUGAGAACAUGGCCUCUAUUUGAAAACAUUGUAUGGGAAAACAUCUUGAACAUGGAAGCUCCUUUCAUUCCCUAUCCAGACAGUAAUACAGAUACUACCUAUUUCGAUGCUCGAAAUGAAGCCCAACAUAUCAGAGUGUCCAGUUUUGAUUUAUAAAUCAGCAUUUCUAAUUCUGUACCCAUGCCCAGAAGCUUCUUUUAAUGUCGCUAUAAUUAUUUUUUACACACACUAUUGUUGUACAUAAUAUUUGUUUCAUAUGUUUUAGAUUAUUGUAUGAAUUAUAGAUAUAUUUUAUUGCACUAUUUUUUAUUUUUUUAUGCACUGUUUGAGUGUGAAAAUUAUGCAAACAAAAAAAAAACCAUAUUUAUAUCGAAAUUGGUGUUUGAACUGCUAGUUUCUCUCUAAAUUUUUUGUAUAUAUAUCCAAAAUAUAAAAUCACAAAUUUUUAAAUAAAUAUUUAUGAAUUUUUGAA